AUGUCGGGUGAGUUUAACGGCUUAAGAGCUCUUAUUUUAAAGGAAAAUGUUUCGGCUUUCUAUAUUCAUUGUUUUGCACACCAACUUCAAUUAGUUGUUGUGGCGGUUGCACACAAACACAUACCUAUUUGGAGAGUAUUUGAAACGAUAACAUGUUUAACAAAUGCCGUUUGUGCAUCUUCUAAGCGACAACACAUGCUUCUUGAAAGCCAAAGAAGACAAUUGGAAAAAAUGGAAGACGUGCUUUGUACCGGAAGUGGGUUAAAUCAAGAAAUGACAUUUUCAAGACCCGGAGAUACACGUUGGAAUUCCCACUAUAAAACGCUUUCGCGUUUGAUUACUUUAUAUCCAAACAUUAUGGAAGUUCUUGGAUGUAUAGUAGAAACGGGUCAAACUCUUCCUUGUAGUAGACAAGCGGACGGACUUCUAGAGGAUAUGAAAAAAUACGACUUUGUAUUUUACAUACACUUGAUGGAGCAUGUUCUAAACAUCACACACACAUUGUCCCAAUGUCUACAAAGAAAAGAACAAGAUUUGAUGAAUGCGGUUAAAUUGGUUUCUUCCACAAAAAACCAACUUGAAAAGUUUAGGUUGGAAGGAUUUAAUGAGUUCUUAGAGAAGGUUAACUCUUUUUGUGACAUGUAUGAACUUGAGGUGAAAAAUUUAGACGAUGAAUAUAUUAACCCAAGAUGGCCAAGAAGAAAAACGAACAUCUCAAAUCGGCACUAUUACGAGUAUGAUUGCUUCAAUGCGGUUCGAGAUUUGCAAAUUCAAGAAUUUGGGAACCGUUUUAACGAGGUAACAUCGGAACUACUUCUUUGUAUCAGUUGUUUGAGUCCGUGUGAUAAUUUUAGUGUGUUUGACAUUCCAAAUAUACUAAAGUUAGCCAGAAAGUAUCCAUAUGAUUUCGAUGAAGCCGAAAAACGAAGGCUUCCGGUUCAACUCGGAAACUACAUUGAUUUUGUGAAAAAAGAUAAACAAUUCGCCAACUUGGAUGUUUUGUCAAGUCUUGUAAGGUUAAUGGUUUCAACAAAUAUUCACAUAACUUUUACAUUGGUAUAUCGUUUAUUGAAGCUUGUUCUCGUAUUACCCGUCGCAACUGCAACCGUUGAAAGAUGUUUUUCGGCGAUGAAGAAUGUGAAGACCGACUUGCGUACUCGGAUUGGCGAUGAGAAUUUUAGUGAUAGUUGUACAUGUUAUAUAGAGAAAGACUUGCUUAAGAAAGUACCUCUAGAUGAUGUUUUGGAUAGAUUUCAAAAAAUAAAAACUCGUAGGGCGACUUUUUAA